CACAGCCGACGUCAGACCUGCGUGCAGGGGUUGUUACAUCACGUAGGAGCCGGCUAUUUCCUUCAUACAGUCCGUGCGAUCUGUGGCUCGUUAGACUCGCUAAAACCUCCUCUGGAUAACUACUAAUCAGGAGAUUUAGAUCACAGCUCACAGUUACAACAGUCAGAAUGUCUGAUUAUGAAGAAAAUGACUCCAAGUUCUGGAGGAAGGCAAAGGAAAAUCCAUUUGUCCCAGUGGGAAUGGCUGGAUUCUUCGCCAUCGUUGGAUACAGACUUCUGAAAAUGAAAAGUCGAGGUGAAACUAAAAUGUCAGUUCACCUGAUUCACAUGCGUGUGGCUGCCCAAGGCUUUGUGGUCGGAGCUAUGACUCUUGGGGUCAUCUAUACAAUGUACAGAGACUACGUUGUCAAACCCAGAGAACAGCAGAAAGCAGUGGAACACAAGUAAACAUGGACUCUUGACCUGAUAUUUUAUGUCCCUUAAUAUUACCUCAUAUUAAGGUGUGUAAAACCUUUACUUUUUAGAGAUGUGUCAUCAUUUUUUGUAUGCACACGUCCCUUCGCAACCUCACCUCAACUGUAUAUAUUUAUAACCCAUUGAUUACAGCUCCUAUCUUUUAGAUAGUGCACCAGAUGGUCAAGCCAUCGCUUCUGUAAUGAAAAGGAGGUACAAUGAUCUCGGCUGUUUUUACUGUGGUUGAACUCUGUGUGUUUGCAGCCAGCUGAUCUGCUGGUACUGUGACAGGUGACACAACAGACAGAGUUUUGUUGCCUUUUUAUUUGAAUGGUGUGUGAAUAAAUACAAGCGUUAUACAGUAUGAGUUGGAUCAGUUCAGUUAUAAACAGCAAUUGCAGGUUGUGAGAUUUUUUUUCUUCGCCAUUGUUGUAUUGUCUCCCAUGAGCGAUAUUCUUUUACAAACUAAUCAUGUCUGUUUUGCCAAAUUAAGAUACUUGCACCUUAGGUAUUUUUUAAUGAGUAUAGCAGAGCACCGCUUGACUUGAUUCUGAAGGCUUUGACAACAUGUGGUCUCCUGAAAGCUUUCAAACUCAGAAAUUGACUCAUUAAGUUAUCAGAUUAUCCGCCAAGCAACUAUAGGUAAAAGUAAUCAUAAUUUCCACACUGUUAGAAAAUAACAAAGUCCAUUCGUAAAAAUAAAGUGGUUGUUUCAGUAAACAAUAUUUCUACAAAUUGAUUUUAAAGACUAUGUCCUCCAUUAUCUUUUAAUGCACUAGAGUCUAAUGUUUCAUUACAACAGCUUUUAAUUUUCAUGAGAUGUGCAAGCUCAUCUACCUGAUGUUCACCCGCAGACUGCAGAAUAAAUAUCAUACUGUAUAGGAAAUCUUGUAAUAUGCCUUGUUAAGUUAUUCAGAGUUGAGUUGAAUUGUGUGCAAAUAGAGAAGAAUAUUUUUGAAGUUUUAAAUUUUUCUUUGGAAUUAAAAUUACCUGUCUUGCCAUUCUAAAA